AUGAAGGGGAAGAUUUGCCGCUUUUCCACUGCCGGCGCUCCCGACGUUGAACCGCUAACCAGGGUCACCCCUUCGGCAUUCUUCCACUCUCCCGACCUGCUGGAGAUGCCCGAGGUGCUGGAUCACGGAUCUACUGAGUCUACUACUAGUCCUCGUAACUUCGAGGUUUCAAACUUCUCAGGAGGCAAGUGGUGGGACGAGCGACCGACGCCCUGCAAACGGUUCGCUGCCAAACCCAAUCUGGCAUAG